UGUGAAAACAUUCCUAUACUGGUUUCGCAAUUCGGAGCUCCGGUCGCUAAAGUGAUUAGUCGAUAUUUUUUAAAUAUGCAUUUUGUAAACAUGGAGAGCGAUUUUCCACAACAGAGGAGACAACAAGUGAGCUAGCUGGUUCGUCGCUAACGAUCGUCGGUGCUCGCUGCUCUUCCAUAGUUGACGUUACUGUGUUGUCAAACAGGUUAGCACAUCGCCAAGCACUCAGACAGGUGAACGCUGCAAACUGAAACGGCUAAAAACGGAGCCGCUCGACGGCUAGCAAGCAAAGCUUUCCUUUUUCCGUGGUGGAAAAGACACCAGUCUCGGUUGCAUAAGCUAAAAUUAGACUCUUUUUUUUUCUUUCUUUUUUUUACUAUGGCCUGUAGUUUCCUAAACACGGAUGAGACAUCUCCACCGGCUCUGACAGACCUGUGCCUGACCCAUGUGAGCCAAAAUCUGGAGUGUUUCUGUGUGAAGCGCCCUGAUGGCUCCCUGUGCUUCAGAGAGGCUGUACUCUUCCCACAGGAGCUAGCAGACCAGCUGCUGGCCAAGAUGGCUACUGAAGGUCUGUUGAAUGACAGCACAGUGGGUGUAUUUCGGCACUGUGAAUACCUGCGGCUGAGACGGGCCUGCAUCCGUACAGCACGUAUCUCCGCAGAGGCCUUCCAGAAAGCCCUCUGCCCUCACAGACUGUUGGAGCUGGAUGCUGCCAGGGUCAAUGCAGACCUCACUAUUCCUGAUAUUCUACAGGGACUGGCCACCAAUAAAUAUUGUCAGGAGUCCCUCCAGCGACUUGUCUUAACAGGUCUCACCAUGUCCUCUCUGGAGGAACCAAUCCGGUAUCCCUUCAGCUCCCUCCAGGGCCUCCGCUCCCUCUCUCUAGCCAACGUAGACUUCUACGACUCCGGGCUCGUCGACGUGUGUUCCCUGCCUCGGCUGGAGAGCCUCGAUCUCUCCAACACGUCAGUUACCAACCUGAGCCCACUGCUGGGCCUGAAGGAGCGGCUGCGCUCACUAACGCUGCACCAGCUGAAAAGGCUGGAGAUGAGCACUGCUCAGCUGCUGGGAGUCAUAGGCCAGUUGGAUGUAUUGCAGCACCUGGACAUCAGUGAUGAUAAGCAGUUCACCUCUGACGUGGCUCGUCAACUGCUUGGACAGCCAGGGAUCCUUCCCGCUCUGGUUUCCCUGGAUGUGUCAGGAAGGAAACAGGUGACUGAUGCAGCAGUUAAGGCAUUUGUUGAGAAGAGACCAGGGAUGACCUUUGUGGGACUUCUGGCCACAGAUGCUGGAUUUUCAGACUUUCUCUCUGGAGAAGGAAAUCUAAAGGUAACGGGAGAAGCCAACGAGACUCAGAUCUGCGAGGCCCUGCGUCGCUACAGUGAGAGGGAAGGUUUUGUGAGAGAAGCUCUGUUUCAUCUGUUCAGCCUGACCCAUGUCAUGGAGAAACCAAGGCCCGACAUCCUCAAGCUGGUAGUGUUGGGUAUGAAGAACCACCCUGCGACUCUGAAUGUCCAGCUGGCAGCCAGUGCCUGUGUGUUCAACCUGACGAAGCAGGACCUGGCAGCAGGAAUGCCAGUGCGACUGUUGAGCAUCGUCACUCAGCUGCUACUGGAGGCCAUGAGGACGUUCCCCAACCACCAACAGCUGCAGAAGAAUUGCCUGCUGUCUCUGUGCAGUGAUCGCAUUUUGCAGGAGGUUCCAUUCAACAGGUUUGAAGCUGCCAAACUAGUGAUGCAGUGGCUCUGCAACCAUGAAGACCAGAACAUGCAGAGGAUGGCUGUGGCUAUCAUUUCCAUACUGGCUGCAAAGUUGUCCACAGAGCAGACGGCUCAGCUGGGAGCAGAGCUGUUCAUAGUGAAGCAACUGCUCCACAUUGUGCACCAGAAGGCUACUCAGGGCGUGGUGGACGCCACCCUCAAAUUUACACUGAGUGCACUCUGGAACCUCACUGAUGAAUCGCCAACAACCUGCCGCCAUUUUAUUGAGAACCAGGGUCUGGACCUGUUUAUUAAAGUUCUAGAGUCCUUCCCCAAAGAGUCCUCUAUUCAGCAGAAGGUUCUCGGUCUGCUGAACAACAUAGCAGAGGUCAGGGAGCUGCAUGUGGAGCUGAUGGUGCAGGGGUUCUUGGACCACAUCAGCACCCUGCUGCACAGCCCAGAGGUGGAGGUCAGCUACUUUGCCGCGGGCAUCCUUGCACAUCUGACGUCCCGAGGGGAGGAAGCCUGGACGCUCAGCCCCAAGCUUCGAUCCUCGCUGCUGGAACAACUGCAUGAUGUCAUUAUGAAGUGGCCCGCGCCUGAGUGUGAAAUGGUGGCCUACAGGUCAUUUAACCCCUUCUUUCCCCUACUGGAGUGCUUUCACACCCCCGGGGUCCAGCUGUGGGCGGCCUGGGCCAUGCAGCAUGUCUGCAGCAAGAACGCCGCUCGCUACUGCAGCAUGUUGUUGGAGGAGGGCGGCCUGCAGCAGCUGGAGCUGGUUCAUACACACCCACAGACCCACAAAGACGUCAAACUGUUGGCUAAGAGCAUUCUGGAGAGCCUGCAGCGCCACAGGGCCCGCACCGGCCAGCCUGCACACAAGUCUCCGGCUGCCGCCACAAAAACCUCACAGAGAAAAUGAGGCUCCCAGACCAAUAGCGGGGUCCCACCACAGAGGGGAUUGUGUGUGUGUGUUUGUGUUUGUGUGUGUGUGUGUGUGUGUGUGUGUGUGUGUGCGCCCCAACACACAUUUUAUCAAGAAUCCCAGGAAAGUAAACAUUAAAGGACGGAGACUACGCAUUUCUUUGCACACACACUAAAUCUAUUUAUUUUCUUUGUGUUUGUUUCAAAACUGAAAUAUUUCUGUGUGCUAAUCGUGUAAUUAUGAGAACUGUUGGUUAGUGAAGCUUAAAUCUCAACUUGAGGUUUGUGUCUGUGCUCGCUCAAUAGUCUGACAUUGGCAUGAUAAUGAUUUUCGUACCAAAAAAAAAAAAAAAAAAAAAAAGGUCAGUGCACACGUACAAAAAAAAAAAAGUUUGGGAUUGAACCCCCUGAAGCUCCGCUGAGGGCGAUACCACAGAAAUAGAAUGAGAGUAGAACGGGGCAUUCAAAUUAACAUAGCAGGAUGGUCAGAGCGGCGGCCAUUUUUAUGUGCCCCAUUGCCAUCGCAAAGAACUGUGACUGUAGCGGGCUUCCUCAUUCUAUUUCAAUUGUCAAUGCACAGUGCCGAGUGCCAUCUCCUAGUCUAGCCAUUCAACUAGUCAAAUGACCACGGCAAACAGUUCAGUGUCUGUUCUACUCUCAUUCUGUUUCUAUGGUUGACACCCUCGAGCUCCUGUAUGUUACUGAGGGUUCUCUGGUUGUCUGAAUUGGUCGAUUUAGCUCUUUAGAUACACACAUGACACUGCUGUUAGCUCAAGCAUGCCGGAGUUUGUCUGAAUGCUUGUACUGUUCAUUUUAGGAAUGGCUGCUUAAUGCCUCUGGCUUCUCAAUACUGCUGUUGCUCUCUUUAUUUAGUCUUAUAUCAGCUAAAAGCUUGCUUUGAUUUGAUGUGACAGGGCACUUGCCUAGGGUGUGUUCAGUGGGGUUCAAAUGUUCCGAACAUUAAAGAUGAAAACCUAAAUUUUUAGAGAAGUUCUAUCUCUUUUGAGAAGCUCCGUUGCAUUUUUCUUUUCCUAUACGUUCAGUCGUGUCAGCGGCAAAACCAGCAGUGCUGUAAUUAAGAUCCAGAGUAGAAUAAUUUCAAAUGAUACCAUCAAUUGUGUCCACUUUGGACACAUGUUGCAAUAAUGAUGUGGUCAGUAUAUUCAUGAUGGUUGUACAUGUGUUUUGUGUCACAGCGGUUUCCUCUUUGAGAAGCUUGUGUAUAUAUUGGUAUGUUCGCUGUGCUUUCCACUGCGUCUUAAAGACACAGACAGAGACAGCACUUCGGUGUGAGCAUGUGUGUAUGUACUGUACGUCUGUACAAGUAGCUGCAUUUUAAGAGUGUAUGUAAUUUGUACAUAAUAGAAAAGGAGAGAAAAAGUAAUUGUUCAGUACUGGUUGGAUCUGGUUGCAUGGGAAUUAUUAUAAUCUAUGUUCUAUAGUUUGUUUAUCUGAGAAUUAUGAGUAUAGAACAAAGUGAAAAGAGAAGAAACACUGUUUACCUGGAGAAAGUGGAGAUGUUAUUAGAAAUAUUCCUGAGUAUUUUUCUGUACUGAAAUGACUGGCUGUGUGACAUUAGUAUCCUCCAGGAUGCCAUUUUAUUAGAUACUCUUCUGCUGUCCAGAGAAGCCCCCCCCCCCCUCCAUUUGCUGUAGCAGAUGCCCCUGAUGCCCACAUUCUCCUUUUUUCAUUGGAGAUCUUGAUUCCCAUCAAGGCCCCAUCAUCAUUCUCUAUGCAAUCACAACUAAUGUUGCUUUGACAAACUUCUGUCAAACCCCGUAUACAACAUUUUUGAGGCAAAGUGGAUUUUUGGCUUAAGUAAGAAUAACAGUGACAGGUCACAGGACUUGUAUAGACGAUAUGUUCAUGGCAAAGAUAAUAUAUUGGGCUAUUAUAUGGUACCCUAAAACAGCUAUCAGCAAAACACACAUCACUGCUCAGUGAAUUUUGGCCUCGUUUUCUGUAAAUCAGUUGUUGUAUAAGCUUGCUAAUUACACGUGUCCUGAGCUGAUCUCAUCAGUUUGAAGAAGGGCAAAGAGCAGCAGACGACACAGAAUCUGUUUUUGUAUUUUUUUCUUUUUUUCUGUUGCUCCUGAUGUGUUGGGAUUGUUUAGUAGAGCCUCUGAAUACGCAUUGGAUAAAGGCCACUUUAAUUAUUAACAAGAGUUUAAAUCAGAUGGAAGAUACAAAAAGUCAAGAUGCUGUGUAUGUCUGCUAUGCCUGUGCCAUGUUGCUGCUGAGAUUCACCUUUCUUAGUUUGGAAAUAAAGAAUGUACAUUCCCAUAAA